AAAAUAUUGUGUACAGUCAUACCGGCAUCAGCAAGGGUUUUUGAACUCCACAAUUCAACCUCAACCCCUUUACUCCCUUCAACUCUCUCUCUCCUCCCUGAUAGAGAGAGAAAGUCUCUGCAAACCCUUUUUUCUUCUUCAAUUUCUCUUGAUUUGUCCAAUUCCUUAUCUAAAGAUUCAUCGAUUAUCUAAUCGCUGAUAAAAUCCUCAUCUUUUCUUCUUGAUUUCUUCGUUUUAAUCGCGUUCCGAGCAAGCUAACUGAGUAUGCCGGCUGACCAAACCCUAAUAAGCUUAAGACCUGGUGGUGGUGGUGGAGCUUAUCGCGGCGCGAGAUUUCUCGGACCCCGAUUUGAUUCUUCUUCUUCUACUGCUUCUGAUGAUAAUCAGCUACUUCGUCCUCAUGGCGGCGCACCUUCCUCUCUGUCUCUCAAGUUUGGAGAUGCUCGACACGAGAAUCGUGAGCGCAUUUGCUACACUCGAGACCAGCUGUUGAAGCUCAGAGAGGCGGCUGUUCUAGAGGAUAUCUUAAAAGUUAAGAGAGAAAUUGAUUCUGAAUUACUUCCUGAAGAGCAGAGUUGGAGUCGGGCUGAAGCCAAUCCUCCAAGUCAGCCACAGGGACGCUAUUCGGAACCUGAUGAUCGGGAUUGGCGUAGCCGCUCUACCCAGGUCUCUGCCUCUUCGGAGGAGAGGUCUUGGGAGUCUAUAAGAGAGAGAGAGUUUGUCAAUAAAGGCCAGGACUCUAAUCGCCAGGACCAGCUUAGCUCUCAAAUGUCAAGGGCACAGAUUUCCUCAAAUCAAGGGGGUCCAACUCCAGUUCUGGUUAAAGCUGAGGUGCCGUGGUCAGUGAGAAGAGGCAGUCUCUCAGAGAAAGAACGUGUAUUGAAAACUGUUAAAGGUAUUCUCAACAAGCUUACACCUGAGAAGUAUGAUCUUCUCAAAGGUCAAUUGAUUGAUUCUGGUAUUACAUCCGCUGAGAUCCUGAAGGGUGUUAUUUCUUUGAUCUUUGACAAAGCUGUCCUUGAACCUACAUUCUGCCCUAUGUAUGCUCAGUUAUGUUCUGAUUUGAACGAAAAGCUACCUCCAUUUCCACCAGAGGAAGCUGGAGGAAAAGAAAUUACUUUCAAGCGUGCUCUUUUGAACAAUUGCCAAGAGGCAUUUGAAGGUGCUGACAAUUUAAGAGCUGAACUGAGACAGAUGACAAACCCAGACCAAGAAGCUGAACGUCGAGAUAAAGAAAGAAUGCUUAAGCUCCGUACUCUUGGGAACAUACGGCUUAUUGGUGAACUUUUGAAGCAGAAAAUGGUUCCUGAAAAGAUUGUGCAUCAUAUUGCGCAGGAGCUAUUAGGUCCUGACAUUAAAAUCUGCCCAGCAGAGGAGAAUGUUGAGGCCAUUUGUCAGUUCUUUAACACUAUUGGUAAGCAGCUUGAUGAUAACUCCAGAUCACGCCGUAUAAAUGAUAUGUAUAUGAAUCGAUUGAAGGAAUUGAGCUCAAAUAGUCAACUUGCCCCCCGUCUGCGGUUCAUGGUUCGUGAUGUUCUUGAUUUGCGGACCAACAAUUGGGUUCCUAGGCGUGAAGAGGUUAAAGCCAAGACCAUUACUGAAAUUCAUUCCGAGGCAGAAAAAAACCUUGGUUUGCGUCCUGGUGCAACUGCAAGCAUUAGGAAUCCUCGUGGUAUACUUUCUCCUCAAGGGAGCUUGAGUCCAGGAGGCUUUCCUGGUAAUCGACCAGGCACCGGAGGUAUGAUGCCUGGGAUGCCUGGCGCACGGAAGAUGCCUGGAAUGCCGGGAAUGGACAAUGACAAUUGGGAAGUUCCUAGGAGCAGGUCCAUGCAAAGGGGGGUGGAUGUGAAUGCUGCUUCUGCUGGAACACGAUCACCCUUCAUUGGCAAACCAGCUCAGUUAAACUCGAAGUUCUUAUUUCCUGGGAGUGGUGGUAUCAUUAGUGGUAAGACCAGUGCACUUCUGCAAGGAAGUGGGCCACCUGCUCGUCAAUCAAGCUUCAGCUCAGGUAUGGAGCCCCUCGGACAAAUUGCCAAGGCUAAGCCCAUACCAACCCCUCAAUCGUUGGCCCCCAUGGAGAAACCCGCCCCUGCUACAACUGCUAAUGUUAAUUUUGAGGGGCUUAAGAAAAAGACAAUCUCUAUCCUCGAGGAAUACUUCCAUAUCAAGCAGCUGGAUGAAGCACUGCAGUGCAUUGAGGAGCUGAAAUCACCCUCUUAUCACAGCGAAAUCGUGAGGGAGGCAAUUAACUUCGGAUUGGAAAAGAACCCACCAUGUGUUGAGCUAGUUGCAAAGCUCAUAGAGUACCUAUUCUCAAAGAAGGUUUUCACUGCCAGAGAUAUAAGUUCCGGAUGCUUGCUUUAUGGCGGAAUGAUUGAUGAUAUUGCUAUUGACCUUCCCAAAGCUCCUAAUAACUUCGGUGAGAUAUUGGGCAAGUUGAUUCAAUGUGGGGGAUUGAACUUCAGUAUAAUGAAGCAAGUCCUUCAAAGGGUAGAAGAUGAAAUGUUCCGGAAACCUAUAUUUGAAAACGCAGUAAAGUUGGUCCUGCCAGGAGUUUUGGAAGUUCAAGCUGCCGAUGUUGAAGCUUGCCGGGCACUUCUCUGAACACCGGUUGGUUCUCUUGUUUUCUUCACGGUCACUACUUGAAAUUCAAUGUCAUCUUAUCCCAAUCAUCCGACGUUUUCCUUAUGAUUAAAUUUUGUUAUGGUUUCACAUUUCCUCUGUUGGGGUUAGCACCCUUGUACUACUAUACUGAAUUGAAGCAGUGAGGACCAGGUUGAGUUUUUUUGUUAUUGACUGUAUAUUUUGCUUCGACGACCAA